AUGAGUGACUUUUGGGAGAAAAACAAGGGAUCUAUUACUUCGGGACUCAAGACUGCUGGGAAGUAUGGUUACCAGGGAUCAAAAUACGUAGCCAAGACUGGCUACCAGGCGGGAAAGAAGAACUUUAAUAGUAAAAAGAAGAAUGAACAGACCCAGAAAGAGAAGGAAAAGGAAGAGGAGGAAGAGCGAGAAGCUCAUGCGUAUGAUCGGAGUUAUGGAAACCAAUAUAGAGAUCCUGUAGGCUUUCCGGCGCCGCCAAUAAGAGGGGGACAGGGACCUCCUCAACCAUAUCAACAACCUCAAUAUCAGCAAACACAAUAUCAGCAACCUCAAUAUCAGCAGCCUCAAUAUCAGCAGCCAUAUCAGCAACCUCAGUAUCCACAGCCGCAGUAUCCACAACCACAGUACCCACAACCACAGUACCCACAACCACAGUAUCAACCUCAGUACCAGCCCCCUCAGUAUCAACAACCUCCAUACCAAGCACCUCAGUAUCAACCUCAAUACCCACAGCAGUAUCCACAGCAGCCAGGGCCUGAACAGUUCCCACCCCAGCCUCCGUCACAAUAUCAACAGCCACCUGCACAACCAAUUGCACCCCAGCAACCUGUAAACCCUGCUCAACCUUCACAGCUGGCUUCCGUGACUAGCCAAGCACAACUAGUUCCCCCUCGGAAUGAGCGCCAGCCACCUGCGGUUCAAGGCGUAGCCUUGCCUGGUAUGAGUUCUCCCCCAGCCGUACUUUCACCAACACCUCUUCAACCAUCUGAGGUUCAAACAACCGGUCUAUCUUCAGUGCCCUCAAUAUCAAGCUCUGGACAAGUUACGCAAGUCUCGGCUCCUAUUCAGGAUCCCGCAGCCUCCCGCUAUAAUAGGGCUCGAUUAUCAAGUCCCCCCAUCCCCGCAAGAGAGCCGCAGCCUUUACCUUCUUCUGCAUCAAGCACAGGAGUUGGUUCCGGAUCGCCAAGUCAGAGUGUGACGCCAUUUGAUUUUUCAGAUGCCCAAGAAAGAAGAGAGCUCAAGAGGUUACCAACGUCACCCAUCGAUGUGACUGCCCUACCACCCCCACCAACUCACAGAGAUAGAGGAAGCACACCAGAUAUAAUCGCCAACAAGGCAGUUUCUGCCCAUACUACUGGCAAAAGUGAGUCUGCGCAAGCACCUCAGGCUACAUCUGGAUCCAGACCUGAAUCUAUCGCGCCCGCUCCCUUGCCUCCAAGAAGCGUCCCAAAAUUAGAUACUGACAGUCGGCCAGCAGCUGUUGCUGAGGAACAUAAUGAAACGGUAGAAGUCAACAAGCCCGGUAUAGCCGGCAAGUUUGAUUACGAUGUGAAAGUUGGUUAUGCUCCGCCACCAAAGCCACAUAGAAAUGUGUCCGUAUCGAAGUCUUUGACUCGUAAAGCAACAGCUCCACUGUCAAAUGGACCUUCUACGAAUACUACAGCUCCCCCAGCACUGCCAAGACGCCAAACGACGUCUGACACUGAAUCGAAUGUGUCAAAGGAUGCACCCAACCUCUCCUUUCAACCUCCACCAAAACCUUUCCGACCAUCUGAAUCUUCACAAUCCAGUCGACAGGCCUCCCAUCACAACAUACCUACGAACGCAAAACCUAUCCCAGUUGAUGUAUCAUCAUUUCCUCCCCCACCUGUGCAAAGGGGUCAAUCAAAUUCCUCGAUACUGAGUCGACCAGAAAGCACAGAAACUGGAGAAGAUCGUAAGCCGACGCCAAGAGGUAGAAUUCCUGUGGUUGAUUCCCAUGAUGGUGAGGUUGAGACAUCUGAGCCAGAUCACGAUAAAAAAAAGGCUCCUCCGCCUGCAGUGAAACCAAAACCAAAAACUUUAUCUAUUAGUCACACCGAGCAUAACGAUUCAUCUGAGAUUUCUGCGAUUACGAAUGAACUGGCAACUUUCAAACUCAGGAAAACUGGCUCAGGCUUCCUCAAAGACUCUUCCAAAGACUCACAAGCAAAACGAUCACCUCCUCCAGUGGUUCCUCGUAAGAAAGAGUCACUCAAAUCAGUACCGCCAGUGCCAAUCAAAGCUUCCUCACUCAGGGCAGCUGAGGCUCGACAAGAACAAGAUAAUGACCUGAAUCCUUUCGAACACUACUUGAAAAGUGCAGUACCCACGGAAAACGACCGUUUACACAGGUGA